CGGACUCGGCUUCCCGACGGGCUGCGCGGCGGCCGGGUGGGUGUCGGCGGGGCAGUCCGGCGGGCAGCGGCGGUUCCGGUGCGGCACAGCGGGCGGACGAGCGGGCGGGACGAGCUGAGCAGGACCAAGCGGGAUGCGGAGCCGCCGCCGCCGCCGCUCCCCGCGCUUCCUAAGAGUCUGAGACCCGCCGGGCCGCGCCCCCUGCCCAGGCCCGCAGUCCGAGCGUUCCGCGCGUUCCGAGCGCGGGCCGGGCCCAGCGCCGGCCGCGGCCGCGUCCCCGUCCAGUCUCGGGCGGCCCGCCCCCUGCCUGCGCCCCCUCCCCAUGCGCGGCGCCCAUGCGGACUGAGCCCCGCCCCCCGGCCCCGAGCCCGCCGAGCGCCGCCGCCGGAGCCCGCGCCGCCCACCCGCACCAUGCUCAAGUGCAUCCCGCUGUGGCGCUGCAACCGGCACGUGGAGUCGGUGGACAAGCGGCACUGUUCGCUGCAGGCCGUGCCGGAGGAGAUCUACCGCUACAGCCGCAGCCUGGAGGAGCUGCUGCUCGACGCCAACCAGCUGCGCGAGCUGCCCAAGCCUUUUUUCCGGCUGCUGAACUUGCGCAAGCUGGGCCUGAGCGACAACGAGAUCCAGCGGUUGCCUCCCGAGGUGGCCAACUUCAUGCAGCUGGUGGAGCUGGACGUGUCCCGGAACGAUAUCCCUGAGAUCCCGGAGAGCAUCAAGUUCUGCAAGGCUCUGGAGAUCGCGGACUUCAGUGGGAACCCCCUCUCCAGGCUCCCUGAUGGCUUCACUCAGCUGCGCAGCCUGGCUCACCUGGCCCUGAAUGAUGUGUCUCUGCAGGCACUGCCCGGGGACGUGGGCAACCUCGCCAACCUGGUGACCCUGGAGCUCCGGGAGAACCUGCUCAAGUCCCUGCCAGCGUCCCUGUCAUUUCUGGUCAAGCUGGAACAGCUGGAUCUGGGAGGCAACGAUCUGGAAGUGCUGCCAGACACUCUGGGGGCUCUGCCCAAUCUUCGGGAGCUGUGGCUUGACCGGAACCAGCUGUCAGCACUGCCCCCGGAGCUCGGGAACCUGCGGCGCCUGGUGUGCCUGGACGUGUCGGAAAACCGGCUGGAGGAGCUGCCUGCUGAGCUCGGCGGGCUGGUGCUGCUCACUGACCUGCUGCUGUCCCAGAACCUGCUGCGGAGGCUGCCCGAUGGCAUCGGUCAGCUGAAGCAGCUAUCCAUCCUAAAGGUAGACCAGAAUCGGCUGUGCGAGGUGACUGAGGCCAUCGGGGACUGUGAGAACCUCUCUGAGCUGAUCCUCACGGAGAACCUGCUGAUGGCCCUGCCCCGCUCCCUGGGAAAGCUGACUAAGCUGACCAACCUCAACGUGGACCGGAACCACCUCGAGGCACUGCCGCCCGAGAUCGGGGGCUGUGUGGCACUCAGCGUCCUCUCCUUGAGGGACAACCGCCUGGCCGUUCUGCCACCAGAGCUGGCCCACACGGCAGAGCUGCACGUGCUGGACGUGGCGGGGAACCGCCUGCAGAGUCUGCCGUUCGCGCUCACCCACCUCAAUCUCAAGGCCCUGUGGCUGGCAGAGAACCAGGCGCAGCCCAUGCUCCGGUUCCAGACGGAGGAUGAUGCCCGGACCGGCGAGAAGGUGCUCACCUGCUACUUGCUGCCCCAGCAGCCCCCACCCAGCCUCGAGGAUGCUGGGCAGCAGGGGAGCCUCUCGGAGACCUGGAGCGAUGCCCCGCCGAGCCGCGUCAGCGUCAUCCAGUUCCUGGAGGCCCCCAUAGGUGAUGAGGACGCUGAGGAAGCUGCAGCUGAGAAGCGGGGCCUACAGCGCCGGGCCACACCUCACCCCAGCGAGCUCAAGGUGAUGAAGAGGAGCAUCGAGGGGCGGCGGAGCGAUGCCUGCCCUUGCCAGCCAGACUCUGGGUCGCCCUUGUCUGCGGAGGAGGAGAAGCGGCUGAGUGCCGAGUCUGGCCUGAGUGAAGACUCUCGCCCAUCUGCCAGCACAGUCUCUGAGGCUGAGCCCGAGGGCCCAUCGGCUGAGGCACAGGGUGGGAGCCAGCAGGAAGCCACGACUGCUGGCGGGGAGGACACCGAAGAGGACUACCAGGAGCCCACGGUGCAUUUCGCAGAGGACGCACUGCUGCCCGGGGAUGACAGGGAGAUCGAGGAGGGGCAGCCCGAGGCCCCCUGGACCCUGCCAGGCGGGAGGCAGCGGCUCAUCCGCAAGGACACGCCUCACUACAAAAAGCACUUCAAGAUCUCCAAGCUGCCCCAGCCCGAGGCCGUUGUGGCUCUGCUGCAGGGCAUGCAGCCUGAUGGGGAGGGCCCUGUGGCUCCCGGGGGCUGGCACAAUGGCCCCCACGCACCCUGGGCUCCUCAGGCCCAGAAGGAGGAGGAGGAGGAGGAGGAGGAAGAGGGUAGUCCUCGGGAGGAGGAGGAAGAGGAGGAGGAGGAGGAAAACAGGGCUGAAGAGGAAGAGGCCAGCACUGAGGAGGAGGACAAGGAGGGGGCCGUGGUUUCUGCGCCCUCUGUCAAGGGGGUGUCGUUUGACCAGGCCAAUAACCUGCUGAUAGAGCCUGCUCGCAUUGAGGAGGAAGAGCUGACCCUCACCAUCCUGCGGCAGACUGGGGGCCUGGGCAUCAGCAUUGCGGGUGGCAAGGGCUCCACACCCUAUAAGGGGGACGACGAGGGCAUAUUCAUCUCUCGGGUGUCCGAGGAAGGCCCUGCGGCCCGGGCUGGAGUCCGUGUGGGUGACAAGCUCCUGGAGGUGAAUGGUGUGGCUCUGCAGGGCGCCGAGCACCACGAGGCCGUGGAGGCGCUCCGGGGGGCCGGCACUGCCGUGCAGAUGCGAGUGUGGCGGGAGCGCAUGGUGGAGCCUGAGAACGCGGUCACCAUCACGCCUCUGCGGCCUGAGGAUGAUUACAGGCCCCGAGAGCGGCGGGGAGGGGGGCUGCGCCUGCCCCUGCUCCCGCCUGAGAGCCCCGGGCCCCUCCGUCAGCGCCACGUGGCCUGCCUGGCACGCAGCGAGAGGGGGCUGGGCUUCAGCAUUGCUGGUGGGAAAGGCUCCACACCCUACAGGGCUGGUGAUGCGGGCAUCUUCGUCUCCCGCAUUGCCGAGGGCGGUGCUGCUCACCGCGCGGGCACACUGCAGGUUGGCGACCGCGUCCUCUCUAUUAAUGGAGUGGACGUGACUGAGGCCAGGCAUGACCACGCCGUCUCCCUGCUGACCGCUGCCUCCCCCACCAUCGCCCUGCUGUUGGAGCGGGAGGCUGGGGGCCCUCUUCCUCCCAGCCCUCUGCCACAUUCCUCACCCCCCACCGCUGCCGUUGCCACCACCAGCACCACCACCACCAGCAUAACCACUGCCACCCCCGGGGAGCCUGGGUUGCCGAGCCUGGCCCCCAGCCUGCUGGCCGCCGCGUUGGAAGGGCCAUACCCAGUGGAGGAGAUCCGUCUGCCAAGAGCUGGGGGCCCUCUGGGGCUUAGCAUUGUCGGAGGCUCCGACCAUUCCAGCCACCCGUUUGGUGUCCAGGAGCCUGGUGUGUUCAUCUCCAAGGUGCUCCCGCGGGGCCUGGCCGCUCGCAGCGGCCUGCGGGUUGGGGACCGCAUCCUGGCAGUGAACGGGCAAGACGUGCGGGAUGCCACGCACCAAGAAGCAGUCAGUGCCCUGCUCCGGCCCUGCCUGGAGCUGUCGCUGCUGGUGCGGAGGGACCCGGCACCCCCGGGCCUACGGGAACUGUGCAUCCAGAAGGCACCUGGGGAGAGGCUGGGCAUCAGCAUCCGCGGGGGUGCCAGGGGCCACGCUGGCAACCCCCGCGACCCCACAGACGAGGGCAUUUUCAUCUCCAAGGUGAGCCCCACGGGGGCAGCCGGGCGCGACGGUCGGCUGCGUGUGGGUUUGCGGCUGUUGGAGGUGAACCAGCAGAGCCUGCUGGGCCUGACGCACGGCGAGGCGGUGCAGCUGCUCCGCAGUGUGGGCGACACCCUCACCGUGCUGGUCUGUGACGGCUUCGAGGCCAGCACCGCCGCAGCCCUGGAGGUAUCCCCAGGUGUCAUUGCCAACCCCUUUGCGGCAGGCAUCGGCCACCGAAACAGCCUGGAGAGCAUCUCUUCCAUCGACCGGGAGCUGAGCCCUGAGGGCCCAGGCAAGGAGAAGGAGCUGCCUGGACAGACCCUGCACUGGGGGCCCGAGGCCACAGAAGCCGCAGGUCGGGGUCUGCAGCCCCUGAAGCUGGACUACCGCGCCCUGGCUGCCGUGCCCAGCGCUGGCAGCGUGCAGAGGGUACUGUCUGGAGCAGCUGGAGGGAAGAUGGCUGAAUGUCCCUGCUUCCCUAGCGGCCAGCAGCCGCCCUCCCCGCCUUCCCCGGAUGAGCUGCCCGCCAAUGUGAAGCAGGCCUACAGGGCCUUCGCGGCCGUGCCCACUUCUCACCCGCCUGAGGAUGCCCCUGCCCAGCCCCCCACGCCUGGGCCUGCAGCCUCCCCGGAGCAGCUGUCCUUCCGGGAGCGGCAGAAGUACUUUGAGCUGGAGGUGCGCGUGCCCCAGGCCGAGGGCCCCCCUAAGCGCGUGUCCCUGGUGGGUGCUGACGACCUGCGGAAGAUGCAGGAGGAGGAAGCCAGAAAACUACAGCAGAAGAGAGCGCAGAUGCUGCGGGAGGCGGCAGAGGCUGGGGCCGAAGCGAGGCUCGCCCUGGACGGGGAGACGCUGGGUGAGGAGGAACAGGAGGAUGAGCAGCCACCCUGGGCCAGCCCGAGCCCCACCUCAAGGCAGAGCCCAGCGUCCCCCCCACCCCCGGGAGGCGGCGCCCCGGUGCGGACGGCCAAAGCUGAACGGCGCCACCAGGAGCGGCUGCGCGUGCAGAGUCCGGAGCCACCGGCACCCGAGCGUGCCCUGUCCCCUGCCGAGCGCCGGGCCCUGGAGGCCGAGAAGCGUGCGCUGUGGAGGGCAGCCAGGAUGAAGUCAUUGGAACAGGACGCUCUCCGAGCACAGAUGGUCCUCAGCAGGUCCCAGGAAGGCCGGGGCACGCGGGGGCCCCUGGAGCGACUGGCCGAGGCCCCUUCCCCUGCGCCCACCCCGUCGCCCACCCCUGUGGAAGACCUCGGCCCCCAGACCAGCACCUCCCCGGGACGCCUGCCCUUGUCUGGAAAGAAGUUUGACUACAGGGCCUUUGCGGCCCUGCCUUCUUCCAGACCUGUCUAUGACAUCCAGUCACCGGACUUUGCUGAGGAGUUGAGGUCCCUGGAACCAUCUCCCAGCCCUGGCCCGCAGGAGGAGGAUGGAGAAGUGGCUCUGGUGCUUCUGGGCAGGCCCUCACCCGGCGCUGUGGGCCCUGAAGAUGUGGCACUGUGCAGCAGCCGCCGCCCCGUAAGGCCUGGGCGCCGUGGCCUGGGCCCUGUGCCCUCCUAGAGGAGCAGGCACCUCCCCCAGACUUGGGGUGGGGGCCCUGCCAGCUCCAGCACCACCCUUGCCCCAAGUCUUUUAACCUGGGUGUUAGCAUUUUAAAGAGACCCCACAGGAGUUCUGGCCUGUGACUAACUAACUGCCCCACCCCAGCCGAGACCUCGGCGAGACUGUAACUAGUGAUGUUUGUACAACCAAAGACUCUAUUUUGUGGUUUAAGGAGAAUAAAGUUGACUACAUUUUA